CAGCUCCUGGGUGACGUCAGCUUGUGAGACAUGGCGGAGAAACAGCAAAUGCAACAGGAGCUCAAGAAAGCACAGAAAGAGGGGAGCGGGAUGAACCCUCAACCUGCAGCUCCUGAUGCAUCUCAGACAAAAGUUCAAGAGAAAAAGGUAGCAUCGUCCAGCCGUCCCAUCUCUGCCGCUCAGGGACAAACAGGAAAGGAGAAUGUUGUAUAUAAGUCAGAAACUCAUGUGCUUCAUAAGGUUGAUGAGAGACAAAGACUUGCUCGAGAACGCAGAGAGGAAAGAGAAAAACUUAUAGCUGCCAGAGAAGCAUUAUGGUUAGAGAAAGAAUUAAGAGCACGACAGCACUACGAGAAGCAACUGGAGGAGCGCAAAAAGAAGCUGGAGGAACAGAGACUCAAAGAAGAAAGGCGCAGAACUGCUGUCGAUGAGAAAAGAAAGUUAAAACUAGAAGAGGAGAAAGAACGCCAUGAAGCCGUAGUAAGGAGAACAAUCGAAAGAAGUCACAAACCAAAGCAGAAGAACAGCAGGUGGUCAUGGGGAGGUGCACUGCAGAGUAGCACAACCAUAAACAGCUCAGGUUACUUUGUUGAAUCACCUUUCACCACUAUCGAUAUAGAUGAUCUGACACACAGUUUCCAAGCCAAGGGUGGUUUUAAGAGAAGGGAUCCAGACAGGCGGUCAGUUUCAACAAUGAAUCUAUCGAAACAUAUCGAUCCUGUUAUUAGCAAGCGACUCUCCACUUCAUCAGCAACAUUACUUAAUUCUCCAGACAGAGGUCGCCGACCGCCACUCAGUCCAUGGGAGAGCAGUGUUGUUAGCCGCUUACUGACGCCCACUCACUCGUAUCUGGCCAGGAGUAAAAGUACCGCUGCCCUAUCAGGGGAUGCAGCAUCUUGCAGCCCCAUCAGCCCUCAGCCAAACAAGAGUCCAAUCAGUAAAAGUUCAGAGAGACCAAAGCUCUUUAUCACAACACCAGAAGCCAUUGCACGACGAAAAACAACUCAUUUUGCAGGAUUUGUUAGUGUGGAGAAGAAAGAAAAAGAGAAUGAGAGAGAGAAUGUAUUAUCAACACCUAUUUCCAACAUUAAAAGAGUUCCUUCCCCUUCCAUUCCUAAAGUCAAAUCACCAGCUCCUUUGCCUGCAGGGCUUGCACAUAAGUCUUCAUCCACUAGCACAGCCAAGCCAGCAGCAUCUCCUGCUAGUUCCAGCAAGGUUGUACAUACUCCUCAAAGACCGCCCUCACCAGGGAAUGUCAGACCAACCAAAAAAGACACGAAAGAAGAAAGUAAGCAAAAUAUAGAUGAGACGGAAGCUGGGUCACCCACUGAAAGUGUCAUUUCUAAAGAACCAUUGGGAACAGCUAGAGACAACAUUGAAAAAGAAAGCCCCACUGUUACAACCGUUGAGCCUGUACAAGAUGCUCCAGCAGUGCCUUCUGUUCCAGUGUUACCGUCACCUACCACAGCUAGCAAGACUUUUGCUGGAACCAACAACCCAGAAGAAGCAACUAGAAUUCUAGCUGAGAAAAGGCGACUUGCACGAGAACAGAGGGAGCGUGAGGAGCAGGAAAAGAGAGAAAAAGAAGAAGAAGAAAGGAAGAAAAAGGAAGAAUUAGCCAGAAGAAAAGCUGAAGAGCGAACUCGCAGAGAGGAAGAGGCACGAAAACAGGAGGCUGAAAGGAAACGGAGAGAGGAGGAAGAGCAACUGGAAAAAGAGAAGUUGCUUCAGCAACUGGCAGAGGAGAAAGAGCAGAAGGAGCGGGAGGAGCUAGAAAGACUACAAAAACAAAAAGAAGAGGCAGAUCGAUUAAGAAUAGAACGGGAAAAGCACUUUCAGAAAGAGGAGCAGGAGCGGUCAGAGAGGAAGAAGCGUCUUGAGGAGAUAAUGAAAAGAACAAGACGCAGUGAACCUGGAGAUAAGCAAACUAACGUGCAGAGGAAUGGAGAGUUACCACAAUCGACUGAAAAUACAGCCAAUACACCAACAUCCUUACAAAAAAUUCAGGAAUCCGAACUCUUUCAGAACACCAUGGAAACCCCUAGAAAUGGCGAGACCAUGACCCCCUCACAGAGGAUCAUAAAAUACCCACAGGACAGUGUUUUAAGUACAGACAACCAACCAAAGGAAAAUGGAUUAUGUGCACAAAACAACAACAACAAUUUUGAAGAGAUCAUAAAUUUACCUGUUGGAACUAAAGCAGUCCGACUGGAUUCUCUAAACAAUGAUGGGGACAGUAGCCAAGAGAUUCCUUUAAAACCAAUUUUAGCUUUUGAAGAAAAAGGGGCCCUAGUUUCUCUCCCCCAAGUAGAUAAUGUACAAACUCCACAAACAACAGAGGUCAUCUGAAAAAUUGGGCAUGAAGAACAGAAAAACCUAAAGCUCCAGGGAUUUUUCAAAGCUGUGAAGGAAGAUUUUUAUUUUGUGGGGUUUUUUUUUUGUUUUUGAACAAAUAAUCUCUGCCUCACCAACAGCUAAACGAACAUGUUUGGACCAGUUGCAGAAACUAUUUUGGCUGACUGAACUGCUAUGCUAUCAAAUACUGAUGUAGAUAAUUGAUUUUUAAUCCGCAUUGCUAAAAUCUUGUUUUUUUUGGCCCAAAAUGCUACUUCUGGCAAAAUCAACUGUUUUUACUACUGCAACAAAACAACAAAAACUCAUAAUUUGAGAUGGGAUGCGAUAUUUUAAGGACUCUUUAGUCUUAAACAUGAUUGUUUUAUCCACUAAUAAUCUUUUACACUGUACAUGUUUAAUACUUGAAUAUAUAUCCUCAUUGACCUAUUUGCAGGGCUAAUGGGGUGUUUGGUUUAAGCCAGUUGGUUUAAAUAUUAUUGCUGAGAACUCAUUUAGAGGGGUUUAUAAUACAUAGGCUUCUGUAUCAAGUUCUCUCAAAUGCAAUUACGUGGGCAUCCUAAUUAUCAAACUUGAUAUGUUUCUUAUUUUCUUUUAAAGUAAAAAGUAGCGAUCUUAACAUUGCUGAGUAUCAUGAAGAAUAUAGCUGUACUUGUUUUAUUUUUUAGACUAAAUGUUUAUGAAUUAUUGUCAUAUAGUAAAUUAUACCAUAAACCAGAUUUUAUUAUAUACAGUUCUUUAAUGGUCGUCAAAAGAUAAAAUCUAAAAAAGAAAAAAAAAUGAUUGUAACUGUAUUGUUUUGCUGCUUUUUCCUAUAGGUUUCCCUUGCCUUAUUACAUUUUAAACACAUAAAUAAAUUGAGGGAUAUAUUAAAAAAUAAAUAAAUUAAAAAAAAAAGACACGUGGGUUUGCUCGUUUCAGAGCAAAAAUAAAUAAAGAUUAUUGGUUUUUUUAUGAAAGGGUUUCAGCUUAUUUUAAACCUUUUGGUGUGUCAUUUUGCUAUUAAAUAUUUAUCUUUAUUUCUUCCCACAUAAAAAAGAUAUUUUUCACACUAACUCACAAAAAUAUUCUUAUUCUUGAUAACUGCCCAAAUUUGCACUUUUUUUGUGAACUCAUAAUUCUAAUUCACUUAUUAUUUGUAUUGAAAUAAUUUAAUUCUUAAAAGAAAUAUUAUGAUAUGCACUCAGGGUGAAGAGUGACUGAAAUACUCCUAGGCCUGAAAAUUUCCAUUCAAGCCCAUAGACCCUUGGGAAAAGGAAUAUUUUAAGGAGCUCAUACCCAGGACACAAGUUGGUUAGUUGAAAUGACUGAAUCAUGUAAAUUGCCUAUUUUUACUCCAGCAGGGAUAUAAAAAAAAAGUAGGCCUUUUUUGGAUUGUUGAGGCAGCGGUGUUUGGAAUAACAGGUUUAGGCCACAAAUGUUAUAUUUUCUUUUCUUUUUUUUCUUUUUUACAUUUUACAGGGUGUACCCACUGCUGCAAAGGAAACUUGUUGAUAACAACGUUACAAUAUAAAGAUGUAUCAUUUAUUACUGUAAUAUGUUUUAUUUUUAAUUCAAUGAGGGGUAAAAUGUCAGAAAAACAAACAAACAUUCAGUUCAAAUGUUUCAGGCACAUUUGGAAAUGUAAUACACUGAAUGACCAAUUGUUUUUGUUGUUUUUUUUUUUUAAGUCCUUAUGUCCAUGUAUAUAGAAGUUCUAUUUAAAAAGAAAAGGUUCAAAUGAUGUAGUUUUUAUUCUAUAUAGCAUGUUCUUAAUGAAUAAAAUCUGUUUGAAGUAA